AUGGGCUCUUCUUACCGAGACACCCCCAUUGGUCAGAACCUAAACCAUGCAAACGCAACUUUCAGCGCUAGCAACGAAGAGACUUCGUCUACCAAGGUACAGCCAGGCGACUCGAACACUGAUACACAAUCCGAACAUGUUGCCACUUCCACCACUGAGACGACAACACCCGUUCCUCCUCCUCGCUGUCCAUACCUGCAGCAUCUCGAUCUCAUCCGUAUGGGUGCUCAAUUCGAAGAAGAGAAAUGA